CAUUGAUAUGCUCAUGUUCAUCGAACGCGGUAUACGUGGUGGCUUGAGUCAAUGUUCCGGUAGAUACGCGCAAGCCAAUAACAAGUACAUGCAGUCUUACGAUCCAUCGAAAUUGUCAUCGUACCUGAUGUACUUUAACGUAAACAACUUGUACGAGUGGGCAAUGUGUCAACCGCUGCCUUACGCUGAAAUUCAAUGGGUUACAGACUUUUCAAAAUUUGAUGUAUCUUCAAUCGAUAUCGAUUCACCCAUAGGUUAUAUUCUCGAGGUCGACUUGGAGUAUCCGGAAGAUUUACAUGACGCACACGCUGACCUACCAUUUUGCCCAACGCGUGAUAAACUACCCGCGGCACAGCCCAUUCGUAUUUGCUCAGCACAUCAAUAA